AGGCCACAGUGACAGUGGAUGAAGGUUUAUGAGAAAGGGAGGAAAGAGAACGGGGAGAAGAGAAGAAGAGAGGUUGUCAAAAGAAUAACUUGGCCUUGUUAACCUUAUCACGUGAAUACGUGUACUUUUACUCCGAGGUAAUUGGACUUGUAUUAUAUCCUUCCAUGAAAUUGUCGAACGCGCCGUGAAUGUCAUUAAGCAUGAGGUAGUUUGUUGUUUACAUCAUUAUGGAGAAGAAAUGUUUAACAAUGAUCGCCAUUGACUCGGAAGACCUUACUCUUGCGCAUUUUCAAUGGUAACUUUAUUGCUUGAGAUGGCCAUACGUCUCGCAUAUCUCCGCGUAUCAACGCGCGACAAUAAACCUUCCGCAAAUUGUCAAAAUGGCUGAAAUAUAUCACAAAGUCCGGCCAGAAGCUUUGAGUCCUCCAAAAUCAGCGCAGCCAGUAACGGCAGAUCGGUUACUGGAACUGGAAGAGCAACAACGGGCAAGGUGUAAUGAGACGAAUGGUGGACUGAGACGAAUCAAGACGGGAUGUCUAGAGAUUGAUGAUUACGUUCUUUGUGCCAGUGAAAAUGAACUGGGUCCGGGUUUUGAGAGAGGUAUUGUGGUAGGCUUGAGUGCUGCUGAUGGAGAUGAAUCUGUAGGUAGUAGAUUGGUAAGUUUCUACAAAAUUAUGUAUCCAAUCCUGCAUGAACGAGAUGACUGACCGCGAUGUUAGAUAUCCCUCAAUCUUAUAGCCUCAGUUCUUCUUCAACAUGUUGAUUUGGUAAAUGCCAUCCAGAACCGUCAAAUUAGAUCAGGAAAUGCGUCAAAACCAAAAGUCGUAGUGAUCGAUGCAACCGGUUCUUUUAACCUUCCUCUCUUAGUCAAAGUGUUGAGAUCGAGACUCGUUAAAAUGAGACAUGAGAUGAAAAGUAUGGAUGAUACAAAGAUAAAUCGUGGGGAUAAUCACAAUUCCGAAGCAGAUACCGAAAUCGAGAUACAAAAAGAGGUGAAUACAAUGUUGGAGCUGGUUGCAAUUAGUAGAGUCUUUGAUAUUGAGGGAUUAUGGGAGGUACUGGGUGAGAUAGGACGAACAGGUGGCCAACACAGUGACGAUGAGGAUCAGGAAGACUCUAAUAACAAUCCAUCGCCAAAAAUCAAAUAUGCUGAAAAGCAAGCAGAACCUCCACUGUUCAAACUACCAGAUGAAAUUGGCGAUAGCGAAGAAGAAGACAUCGAAAUGACCCCGCCACCAGUCAAACUCACAACAUCGAACACAAGUGAGGCAGAAACUGCUCCCGAAAUACUAGUCAUUGAGAACAUGCAUUACCUAAUAUCCCAUCUCUUCACGCAUUCUGAAAAAUCGUCAGCACACAAUCUCCUCUCCCUACUAUCACGAACGCUACACACAUUAACUCAUACCCAAAAUAUCCUCACCAUCCUCCACAACACCACCAUUUCCACCAAAAUCAACUACACAAAACCCGGUGCUCUUCAAGCUCCUCCAGCUAUUCAAUCUAUAAUAACUUCCACGGCCCAAAAACCUUCAUUAGGAAGAAUAUUUGAUGAUUUUCUAGAUCUACAUAUCAUGAUCUCGAAAAUACCGAAGACGAAAGCAGAUGCUGAGGUACUUUAUGGUCAGGAUGAGAAUUUUCCGGAGGAGCAAGUUAAUUAUUGUUUUGUUUUUGAGGUUUUGAGGGAUGAAUGUCCUAUUUUGGGCGAAGAUAGAGGUUUAGAAAGGAAGUUUGGAGAUAGAGAACAGAGAUGGGGACUCUUUGAGGUCGGGAAUGAGGGGAUGGAGUUGGUUGAUGCUUUUAGGGGUGGCGCGGAGAUGGUGACGGGAUGACGGGAGACGUUGUUAUGAUCGCAUGAUGAAAAUAUAUGAAGUUGGAGGAAGAUAAGAUGGUGUAAAUGCUGCGUGAGGUACGUACCAUUACAUUAUUUGAAGAACAAGAAUGAGAUUGAAAGGAAAUAUCCCCGUCAUCACAAUCAGCUCAACAGUACUCGCAGUUUGCGAUGGCAUUGUGCGGGGUAGUAUCAUACAUUCAAGAUGAAUUCAUUAUAUCCAUCAAAGCCAUACAUUUCCCAUUGUCUUAAUUCAUACCAGCUUAAGUACUACAAGAUAUCUCCACGAUCUCUCUAUUCCACCAAAAUAU